AUGGAAAGGAACUUUGUCGAAGAGAUGGCUGCAUUGACCGACCCAUACGGCGCCACGGGCCAGCUGACCCUGAAGUGGGACCCCAAGAACCUGGAAAUACGCACAACCUCCGUGGAACGCACCCUGGAGCCGUUAGUGCUGCAAGUGACGACGCUGGUGAACAGCAAAGACAAGACUGCCAAGAAGAAGAGACCUGGCAAGUCUAAACGCGCGAGCGCCCUAGUGGCUACCGUGGAGCGUGCGACGGAGAUCUUCAUCGAGCGAGGGCAGACCAUCGCUUACGAGAACCCUGAGAUAACCCAGGAGAUGCUGGCCGCGGUGGAAGAGGUCAGGAAGGCUGGUGCCGCCAUGUCGCUGGCGGCGCGCGAGUUCUCCGAGGAGCCGUGCGCUUCUGCGGUGCGAGGCGCGAUGGUGAGGGCGGCCAGGGCUCUGCUCUCGGCCGUCACGCGGCUGCUGAUCCUCGCCGACAUGGUGGACGUGCACCUGCUGUUGGCGAAGCUGCGCGCGGUGGAGACGGACCUGGACAAGCUGAAGUCGGCCUCGUCGCAGUCGGAGCUGGUGGAGUCGGCGCGCCAGCUGGGGCGGUCGGCGAGCGAGCUGGCCGCGCAGGCCGCCAAGCGCCAGAGGGAGCUCAAGGAGCCGCGCGUCAAGGACGAGCUGGCGGCGGCCAGGGCGGUGCUCAAGAAGCACUCCACCAUGCUGCUCACGGCCUCCAAGGUGUACGUGCGCCACCCCGAGCUGGCGGCGGCCAAGGCCAACCGCGACUUCGUGCUGCGCGCCGUGUGCGCCGCCGUCGACACCAUCUCGGCCGUGGCGCAGGGCACCGACCUGCCGCCCAAGGGCAACAACCGCCCUCCGAUCGAGGGUCCCGGCGAACUGGCUCAGGCGCUCGACGACUUCGACGAGCGCAUGGUGAUGGAGCCGCUCGCCUACUCGGAGCUGCGCACUCGACCCUCGCUGGAGGAGCGGCUGGAGUCCAUCAUCUCCGGGGCGGCGCUCAUGGCGGACAGCUCCUGCACCAGGGACGAGCGUCGCGAGCGGAUAGUGGCCGAGUGCAACGCGGUGCGGCAGGCGUUGCAGGAGUUGCUGCACGAGUACAUGACCAACGCCGGCAAGGCGGAGCAGUCGGAGGGGCUGGAGCGCGCCAUCGAGCACAUGUGCCGCAAGACGCGCGACCUGAGGAGGCAGCUGCGCAAGGCCGUCGUCGACCACGUCUCCGACAGCUUCCUGGAGACGAACGUGCCGCUGCUGGUGCUGAUGGAGGCGGCGCGAAACGGCAACGAGAAGGAGGUGGAGGAGUACGCCGUGGUCUUCACAGAACACGCCAACAAGCUGGUCGAGGUCGCCAACCUGGUCUGCUCGAUGUCCAACAACGAGGAUGGUGUGAAGAUGGUGCGCCACGCUGCCGCCCAGAUCGAGGCUCUCUGCCCCCAGGUGAUAAACGCGGCGCUGGUGCUGGCCGCGCGCUGCCGGUCGCGCGUGGCGCAGGAGAACGGCGCCGCCUUCGCCGCCGCAUGGGACCGGGCCGUGCGGCUGCUCACGCUCGCCGUCGACGACGUCACCACCAUCGACGACUUCCUCGCCGUCAGCGAGAACCACAUCCUGGAGGACGUGAACAAGUGCGUGGUGGCGCUGCAGGAGGGCGACCCCGACUCGCUGGAGAGGACCGCCGGCGCCAUCAGGGGCCGCGCCGCCAGGGUGUGCUCCGUCGUCACCCAGGAGAUGGACAACUACGAGCCGUGCAUCUACACCAAGCGGGUCCUGGAGGCGGUCACCGUGCUGCGAGACCAGGAGGUGUCAGAGAAGACAUUGAAU